AUGCUACCUUGCUUACAGAUUGCUGCCACUUUCCUUGUAAUUAUUUUAAUCUGCAGUGAUGGAAACAUUAUCCCUUACGAUUCCGAUAUGGAUAUUUUUGUCCUUGCCGCAGAUGAGCAGAAAAUUCGUCGAUUGGCCACUGAAAGGGUGAACAUUACUAAAGGGCAGUUCAAUUUGGUGACACGUCCCGGUCCUUACUGCACGCUCAACCCAGGUGAACGAAUGAAUUGCAAAGGUCAAAAGGUUCCGUCGAUGCAAGAUACAUGUUCAUUUUGCGGUCCCUUGGCUCGAAUGUUUAUGGAUUACGGAAACUACAUCGAUAUGUUCCUUAUCAAUAUCGAACUUCACACGGAUAGUAGUGGAGUGCCGAUUCAACUGGGGUAUGUCAUAGAAGAAGAAGCAAGACUGGGACUCCUCGAAUUACCAAUACUGCUUCCCCAGAGACGUUGUCGCAUGAUGGGUUUGGACGUUCCCUGUCCGCACCAUCCAGGUGUGCUUCUGGGAAUGUUAUACAACACUCAGUGGCUCAAGCCGUAUUAUUUGUGCAACCCGGAGACUGGGAAAUGGGAGAAUUCUUGA